CCCUACAAUGUCUAUCCUCUUUUCUCUUUUUUCACCAAGAGUAUUUUUAUGUAUAGAAAAAGCUUUGACAAUCCAUGCUGCGAAAGCAUAAAAAUUCAAACUUCAUGUUCUACAACUUGGCACGCUUUUAAAAACAUCGGCUUAGAUAGUGCUGCCGACAAUGGUAUUUAUUCGACAUCAUAAUCCUAUUAUUACCUUAUUCGUGUAUAUAUUCCAUAAAACUUGUUUUCAAUAUAUUCUAUCAACUCCACUUAUAUAUACAUAUAUAAUUACAAACUGCACGGGAAUAUUUGCCUUGUGUUUUGACAAAACUGAAAAUUUUUUAGAUGGAAGCGGUGAAGGGAAAGUCAGACGUGAACAACGCCCUUCUGGGAGGAUCUAACAAGAGGGCAAGAGAGGUUGGGGAGGAGACGACCGUGACGGAGGAAGAGGUGGAGGAAUUCUUCACGAUACUCAGGAAGAUACACGUGGCGAUAAAUUAUUUCAAGGAAAGUAACGGCGAUAUCCGCAACUUAACGCAACUGGGAAAGGUGGAGUCCCUGACUUUGGAAGGGAACGUUGAUCACGUAAACGGUAGCGAGAAGAAGGAUGGAAACGUGGAUUUAGACUUGAAUGUUGAUCCGGAUAAGGGUUCAAACCCGUUUUAAUUAGCCAUUUUCUGUUUCCUUUCUAAGUGUUAGUCUAGCUUAUUAUUAUUAUUAUUAUUAUUAUUAUCUUUUGAAAUUUGGAAGAUAUUUGGUCUCUUAUUUAUUCUAA